AUGUCCCACUCCCCCGCGCCGUCAAAUUACGGCGACUGCGUGGCCUCCCUCCGCACAUCCCUCAACCUCCUCGAGUCCUCAGUUGAGACGCUGGGGAACGGCGUCUCGGACUUUCCCAGGCUCGGAUCGGUGCUCAAGACCGUUCGCCACUACGAACUGAUCCCCCAGCCGACCCUCGCCGCCGCCGAGUCGUCCCUGCGCGACGAGAUCGGCCCCUUCGUGACACACCUUCUCGACCGCGCCGACAGGCAGAUCGACCGGCAGGCGCGCCGCAUCGAGACGCUCAAGGCCCGCAGCGACCUCAACGCGGGGCGGCUCGGCAGGGGCGCCCCGUCGCCCCCGCUGCCGUCAUCAUCGAAGCCGAGAGCAACUUCGAAGGGCAGGGCAGCCGCCGGCGGGCGGAAGACCCUGGACGGCGGGGCCGGGCUCCGGGCGCGCGCCGUCCGGCAGCGCAAGGAGGCGCUCAAGUACAGCGUCGAGAGGCUGGAGCUCGAGGUCGCGCAGAAGGAGAGGGAGCUCAGGGUGCGGCUGCAGGAGGCGUGA